AUGGGGAGAUCGUCACCUCCAUUCCUUUAUGCGAGUCCUUCCGCCUACAGCUUUAAAGGCCCGACCGACCGCGGCUUCAACCCGAGGGCCGCGACAGAGGCGAGCUGGACUCGUCCAGCAGACAAGCCCAAGCAAAAAGGACCGCUAGUGAAUUUAAACCGCCAUCCCGACACGUGGGGUUCUUUCAAUACGGCCAGCUCAUUUACACCGAUGAGCCACAAAACAAAGGAUCGGGUCAAGUAUGCACGAUCAACUCAACUCGCACUUCGAGUGUUCACUCUUCUGGGGGCCCUUGGGUCCCUGUUCUGCUCUGUCGUUAUUAAGGGGGCUGCAGUGACCGUCAUCUGGAUCAUUCGCGCUGGCCCCAUAGUUGCAAUUCUACACACGAUAUAUGGCAUCUACCAUAAUUCCCGGUCUGCUCUUACCCGGCCCGCAGGUUCUCAAGCCAGCUAUGGGCUAUUCGCUUCGACUCUCGACUUCGGACUUAUCCCAUUCUACGUGUUCACUGCCUUUAUGGCAUACGGUGAAUGGACCUCCAAUGCAUACCACUGGGGAACUCUCUUCAACAACAGCGACCUGACUGUAAAACUGUCCGAGGCCACCUUCAUCUUGGCUAUCGCAAAUGGCGGGUUGCACCUCAUCUCCCUUGCCAUAUCGGUUUUCUUGGCUGUCACAUUCCGGAAGAUCUCCCGCCUACCACCUGACAUGAACCCGCUCGAAGACAAUUUGACCGCACGUCCCCGUAAGAGCCAUAAGGAGACCCAAAUGGAGGAGAAACAUCUCAGCCAAUCCACCCUGAAUUCCAGCUUCGAGGAUCCGCUCAUAGGAUCUCCUCGCAGCGUGCCAUUCAUGCACACACGUGAACAGUCUUCCGGUGGUAAUUCCAACCGUGAAUCAAUGGGUAUGCUGGACGAGCAGCGACAGUCGCAUCCUUCCUUUUAUCAGCAUCGCCUAUCCCACUUGGAGUCCCCAACGGAACCUCACAUGGAUCCCUCCAGCCCCGAGACACUAUUCCAACAAACCGCGAGCCAGCCCUAUGAUUUUACAUCACAGACACCUGCCCCAGAAUAUCGAAAAGUUGCCUCCCACGCUCCCGAAAUCAUUAACGCCACUGCUCAAAUGCGUCAUCUGUCAUCACGUACUGCUGAUCGAUCGGAAACAGUCAGUCCAUUGUCCGAUAAUUGGGUGGCAUAUUCUGAACGGUCUCUAUCGCCAAUGGCCGAGACGCAGGACGGGAACGCAGCCACUCUCCGCCAGUCCUCCUCCGUUUACAGCCGACAGACUAACAAGACCACCACGUCCGCUGGUAGUGGCAUUCGAGAUUGGUUUGCUUAUGGUUCCAAGCCGGAGCCAAGUAUUGGAAGUGCUAUCCCAGAAGAUGUACGUGGGGAAUAUGCGUCGCUUGCCAUGCAUGAAUUCUAUGGCCUUGAUGAUCACCACCACCGUGAACAAGAUGUGGGUGACCAGCGCAUGGACAUAUUCCCAGACCCAGAAGAUCACGGAGACGACUUUGAUGACGAGCGUGAUGGCUCUCUUCCAUUUAACCCGCUCAUGCUUAACCCACCAACUCCGCAACCUAUUCUGACCGAAAAGCCCGAGAAUACCGAUCCCGUGCGGCGCGUUGUCUUGGGCGAUAGCCCCAAUCUAUCAUACAAUGCACAGGCACAGCCAGUAUCUGUUCCACACGAGAGCCCCAACCCCACUUCGCCCAAGACCCGAUUCUAUGGCGAGCUUGAUGUAGAUGGCAAGCCUGGAUUGGCCGUGUCUCGCGAGCCAAGCGAACAGAUUGUCCGUAAGCCCACCAAGCUUACGAAGAAACGUAGCAGCAAGAUGUCUGCUUAUGAGGCUCUCAAGAAGAACGAUAAUGACGAAGAAAACCGAUACCUCUCAGCCCGGAUGCCUGCUUCGCCUCGCGCCACUGAAAGCGACCGCAAGGGCCGUGUCGUGAGCAACACCGGCGCAGACACUGCCCGGCCUGGAAUUGCAGCCGGAGUUGGUGCAUCAUUAUCCUCAUAUGGAAGUUACAUCGCCGGCCUGGGCGUCGGACGCCGCCGCGAUGUAAGUGGCAAGGUCGCUGAAGAAGGACGCAGUGAGAACCUUCUCGAUGAGCAACCCGGCCACAACCAGAGCGAAAACAACAGACAGACCCCGAGCUCUUCGCCAACUCGGGCUGCAGGAUGGGCUCGGUUCGCCGGACUUUGA